GUGUGUGUGUGUGCGCGCGCGCGCUGGAUUCUUGUCUCGGAUUUAAGUUGCACUAGAGAAACCCAUCUGUAAAGUUGAAAAGAUGUUCUGCAAACGUGGGAAACUUCUGCGUAAAGAAUGUCUGGAUUAUUGCAGCGUCACGAGCAGAAUCAUGCGUGAGAUUUCCACAGACAGCUGCAGAUUUCCGUUAGGGCCUCACUAACAGUGAGCUCUGUCGCCCUCCACCGGGAAUGCGUGCGCCGCGAUCACGUGACCCGGACGCCACGGCACAGGCGCUGAGGCGUCGCUGUAGCUGAGACGCUUCUCUGUUCUCCGCCGCAAAUCACUGGCGUUCGCAGCAUCCUGAUUAACCGGAGCCGCGUCUCCUCUUCUCUCUGUCUCUCUCUCUUCUCUUUCUCGUGCGCGCGCGGUCAAUGCACGAGCCAGUAACAAUUUAGAGCGCGUGGCGUCUCGAGUCGGAUGCUCGCUCACACACUCAUGCUGCCCGUUUGGGCUCUGAGAACGACUCGAGUGUGAGAAUCGGAUCCGGGGAGGAGACCGAAUGGCGGAGCGUGAUGCAUUACCGCUGCCGCUGGACAUCCGAGCGCGGAUCGCCGAGUUGGAGCUGGAGCUGUCUGAAGGGGACAUCACUCAGAAGGGUUAUGAAAAGAAACGAGCCAAGCUCAUUCGAGCCUACUUGCCCCAUGCACCAGUGGGAGCGGAGUCUCGAGUCCCUGUGACUCCUUCGUCGUCGUCUUCAUUCUCGUCUCGGUACCAGCGACGGCGCUCCACCGGCUCACGGGAUGAGCGAUAUUGCUCAGACGUUCACUCGGAAGCAGUGCAGGCAGCAUUGGAGCGUCAGUGUGAAAGAAAGAUGGCCGUCCCCAUGCCCUCUAAACGACACUCCCUUGUUGUCCAAACAUCUAUGGAGGCAUACACACCCCCAGGUCACUAUGACUCCUCGUCAUGCUCUGAGGGUGAAGGCUCCUUAGGAAGAGCUAGAGGUGCAGGAGUGGAGGCCUGGAUCAGCCGAGCACUUCGUGGAUCAUCUUCAUCAACCACAUCUUCAUCAUCAUCACACAGCAAUGGAUCUGCCAAUGCAGCGCGUUUGGCUGAGUGUAAUGCACACUCCUACAACUUUGGCCAAGUUUCUCAUCUGUCUCUGAAGAGGCGGGGCUUGAGGGAGAUGGGUGUCUCAUUAGAGAAUGGUAACGCUGGUCAGCGCUCUUAUGACUACCAGUCCGAACGUCCUUGGUCAUCGCUGGACUCAGAGGAUAGUCAUCCUGCACCUCCUGACAUCACAAGCUGCAUGUCCGACCCACCCCUUGUUACCAUGGAGCGCCCGCAGGUCGCCUUGCCAACCAAGCCUAUGCCCAAAUAUGGAAACGCUGAGCUCAUGGAGACGGGAGAUGGUGUGCCUGUGAGUAGUCGUGUGUCCUCUAAGAUUCAGCAGCUGGUAAACACUCUGAAGAAGCCUAAGAGACGUCCACUGAGGGAGUACUUCAUUGAUGACUUUGAGGAACUGUUGGAGGUCCGGCAGCCUGAUCCUUCUUUACCACAUCCAGAAGGGGCGGAAUCGAAAAUAUGCCAAGGGGAGGAACUGGGAAGACUUAAGAAUUGCCCUGCUUCUUUGGAGGCAGCCUUACAGCGUUGGGGGGCCAUUGCACCCAAAGCACCAUGUCUGACCAUCACACACGCUGGUGCUAAACAACCAUACACACUUACAUUUGGUAAGCUGUGGUCCAGGAGCAUGAAGGUGGCUUAUUACAUCCUCCACAAACUUGGAACCAAGCAAGAACCCAUCGUCCGGCCGGGAGACAGAGUGGCGUUAGUGUACCCCAAUAACGACCCCGUGGCAUUUUUGGUGGCGUUUUAUGGCUGUCUGUUAGCUGAAGUCGUCCCAGUACCUAUUGAAGUUCCACUUAGUAAAAAGGAUGCUGGCAGUCAGCAGAUUGGUUUCCUAUUGGGCAGCUGCGGUGUUGCCGUGGCACUGACCAGUGAUGCGUGCCACAAAGGCCUUCCCAAGAGCCUCAGUGGUGACAUUGUGCAGUUCAAAGGCUGGCCAAAGUUGUUGUGGGUUGUGACGGAGUCCAAGCAUCUAUCGAAGCCUCCCAGGGAGUGGUACCCUCUGAUUAAAGACGCCAACAAUGACACUGCAUAUAUCGAGUAUAAGACUUGCAAAGACGGAAGUGUUCUGGGAGUGACUGUGACGAGAAUGGCCAUGCUGACACACUGCCAAACACUAACACACACAUGUGGAUACAGUGAAGGUGAGACUCUUGUGAAUGUGCUGGAUUUUAAGAAGGACGUUGGACUGUGGCAUGGUGUUUUAACGAGCGUCCUCAACAUGCUCCACACUGUGAGCGUCCCGUAUGCGCUCAUGAAGGUGAAUCCUUUGUCCUGGGUCCAGAAGGUUUGUCAGUAUAAAGCCAAAGUGGUGUGUGUGAAGAGUAGGGAUCUUCACUGGGCUCUGAUAGCACACAGAGAUCAGGGGGACGUCAAUCUGAGCUCUCUUCGUAUGCUGCUAGUUGCUGAUGGAGCAAAUCCAUGGUCAAUCUCGUCAUGUGAUGCAUUCCUGAACGUGUUUCAGAGCUUGGGUUUGAGGUCAGAGGUCAUCUGUCCAUGUGCCAGCUCCCCAGAGGCUCUUACCGUUGCUGUACGGAGACCGAGUGACGGCAGCUCUAAGCCUGUAGGCCGAGGCGUCCUCAGUAUGAUGGGACUGAGUCACGGUGUUAUCCGGAUCGACACAGGAGAAAAGCUGUCUGUCCUCACGCUGCACGAUGUUGGCACGCCCAUGCCAGGAGCGCUGAUGUGUGUGGUGAAGCUGGAAGGUAUUCCCCAGCUGUGUAAAACAGAUGAGAUUGGAGAGAUCUGCGUGUCCUCCAUCGCCACGGGAACGUCUUACUACGGUCUCUCAGGCAUGAGCAAAAACACGUUUGAGGUGUGUCCUGUGACCAGCAGCGGUGUGUUAGUGAGUGACUGUGUGUUCGUACGAUCAGGGCUGUUGGGAUUUGUAGGCCCAGGCGGAGCCGUCUUUGUUGCCGGAAAGUUGGACGGAUUAAUGCAAGUCGGGGGCAGGAGACAUAACAGCGAUGACAUCGUUGCUACUGCACUUGCAGUCGAACCCAUGAAGUUUGUGUACAGAGGAAGGAUAGCUGUGUUCUCCAUCACUGUGCUUCAUGAUGAGAGGAUCGUGGUGGUGGCAGAGCAGAGACCAGACUCUACUGAAGAGGAGAGCUUCCAGUGGAUGAGCCGAGUACUGCAGGCUAUAGAUAGUAUCCAUCAGGUUGGUGUGUAUUGCCUGGCGCUGGUUCCGUCUAACACUUUGCCCAAAACUCCUCUCGGGGGAAUCCACCUCUCUGAGACAAAACAGCUGUUCCAGGAAGGAGCCCUGCACCCCUGCAACAUCCUCAUGUGCCCUCAUUCUUGCGUCACCAAUCUGCCCAAACCCCGACAGAAACAACCCGCUGCAGAGGUUGGUCCUGCCUCUGUAAUGGUGGGGAACCUGGUAGCGGGAAAGCGCAUGGCGCAGGCCAGCGGGCGAGACCUCAGUCAGGAGGACAAUGAUCAGUUCCUUUUCCUGCCUGAGGUGUUGCAGUGGAGAGCUCAAACUACACCUGACCACAUACUUUACACACUUAUUAACUCAAGGGGGGCAGUUGGAAAUUCUCUAACAUGUGUGCAGCUCCAUAAAAGAGCAGAGAAGAUUGCUGCACUGCUGUUUGAGAGAGGGCAGCUGCGCGAGGGCGAUCACGUAGCAUUAGUGUACCCACCAGGUUUAGAUCUGAUUGCUGCCUUCUACGGGUGUUUGUAUGCUGGCUGUAUCCCCAUCACAGUCAGGCCACCUCAUCCCCAAAACAUCUCUACCACUCUGCCAACUGUCAAAAUGAUUGUAGAGGUGAGUCGCUCGGGGUGUGUUAUGACCACACAGACAAUCAGUAAACUUCUGAAGUCUAAAGAGGCAUCAGCUGUGGUGGACCUCCGAUCAUGGCCUCCCGUCCUCGACACAGACGAUCUGCCAAAGAGACGGUCUCAUCUGCUGUAUAAGCCAUGUGAUCCAGAGUCUUUGGCCUACUUGGACUUCAGUGUGUCCACCACUGGCAUGCUUGCUGGAGUAAAGAUGUCUCACAGUGCUACAAGUGCUUUAUGUCGCUCUAUAAAGUUGCAGUGUGAGCUGUAUCCGUCCCGUGAAGUAGCUGUGUGUUUGGAUCCCUACUGUGGUCUAGGCUUCGUCAUCUGGUGCCUCUGCAGUGUGUAUGCAGGGCACCAGUCCAUACUAAUCCCUCCAGCAGAGUUAGAAGUAAACCCGGCGCUGUGGUUGCUCUCCGUCAGCCAGUUUAAAGUGAGAGACACUUUCUGUUCCUACUCAGUCAUGGAGCUCUGUACCAAGACCCUCGGCACGCUCACUAACUCACUCAAGGCCCGUGGACUGGAUCUGUCCCGUGUCCGCACAUGUGUUGUCGUGGCAGAGGAGAGGCCUCGCAUCUCUCUAACUCAGUCCUUCUCCAAGCUUUUUAAAGAUGUUGGGCUUCACCCUCGUGCUGUCAGUACAUCCUUCGGCUGCAGGGUGAAUCUUGCUGUGUGUCUGCAGGGGACCUCAGGACCAGACCCCACCACUGUCUAUGUGGACAUGAGAGCACUCAGACAUGACAGAGUACGCUUGGUGGAAAAGGGGUCUCCACAUAGUUUGCCGCUCAUGGAGUCAGGCAAGAUCUUACCUGGUGUCCGCAUCAUCAUCGCCAAUCCAGAGACCAAAGGGCCAAUCGGAGAUUCUCAUUUAGGAGAGAUAUGGGUACACAGCAGUCAGAAUGCUAGUGGGUAUUUCUCAGUAUUCGGAGAAGAGAAUGUUCGCUUGGAUCAUUUCAGUUCCAGACUCAGUUUUGGAGACACACAGACUGUAUGGGCUAGAACCGGCUACCUCGGAUUCCUCCGCAGGACAGAGCUCACCGACGCCAGUGGGGAGAGGCACGAUGCUCUGUAUGUGGUGGGAGCGUUGGAUGAGGCGAUGGAGCUGAGAGGGAUGCAGUAUCACCCCAUUGACAUCGAGACUUCUAUUAUUCGAACCCAUAAGAGCAUUACAGAAUGCGCUGUGUUCACCUGGACUAAGCUCUUGGUUGUGGUGGUUGAGCUGGACGGUUCAGAACAGGAGGCCCUGGACCUGGUUCCCAUGGUAACCAAUGUAGUUCUAGAGGAGCAUUACCUCAUCGUGGGCGUGGUGGUUGUCGUGGAUACCGGCGUCAUUCCCAUCAACUCGCGUGGAGAGAAGCAGCGCAUGCACCUAAGAGAUGGCUUUCUCGCAGACCAGCUCGACCCCAUAUAUGUUGCAUACAACAUGUAGAAAAGACGUACUCAAACACUUCCAGUUAAAAUGUAGAAAGAGAACCCCCACAGCUGGGUGCAGGGACGUGAUGCAGAAAAGCAUAGGUUCGAUCCUAAACAUGGCAACCCACUGACAGAAACAUGCACUUUCAUCAAUUCCCUCGACGUAUUUAUAAAUGGUGAAAAAAUGUGUAGAAACACACGCAUAUACGAUUACUUUUUAAAGCUGAAAGCACUAACUGAUAAAAUGCAGAUAAAUAAACAAUGGCAUCUCUAAAGUAAAGAGCUAUAGCCAUCCACACACACACACACGCGUAAUGAGUAAGUAUGCGAUCACAGGGUUGUUGCCCAUCAUCAGUCUGUAGCAAAACAGAUUGCACUUUUUGCUUCUUCAUAAACACAUAAGAAUAUGCAUAUUUUUACUGCAUGCAACAUUAAUACAGAGUUUCCACGGAACACACGGAAGGGCACAAUUGAAGGAAAGUGUUGCACGCAAACAAUUUACCACAUGACGCCAAUCCUAACCGGUCAUUUGUAAAUAUCUUUACAGAUGAUGGUUGUCAGCCAAAAAAAACGUAUUGUAAUUCGCCAAUGGGACAAAUUCUCAUCCUGAUGUUGCAAAUGUUACAGAGCUCAUGAUCAGGAAGUGUGCGAAUGCAAUAGAGAAAAGGUUUACAUAUUACAUGCAUAAACAAAUGGCGUACAUAAUCAAGCACUCACCCGUAUAUGGGCCAUGACGCCUGUGUAUAUAAGGGACUUGGAGAUGUAUCUUACAUUUUCUUUAGUGUUCGUGUUUCGUUUAUGUGCAAUUAAUUGUUUUGCUAGUGAUGUAUCAUUUUGUUUAUCCUGCAAUAUUUUCAAGUCAGGGAAUUUUAUAAGAUUUAGUGUCAUGUCUGACAUACUGCUCAUAUUAUCUUAAGGCUUUCUUGUUUUUUUUGUUUUUUUUUUAUAUUUGGUGUUGCAAAAGUAGCCGUUUUAUACAAAGACAUAUCAAAUAAAUCAUUUUAAAUCACAUAUUUUCCUUAAAAUGUGAUUUGUGCACAGGUUGUCCUGUUUGUCAUCCCUUGAUUUUAUGCAAUAGCAUAAGUUAUUUUCUAUUUUAUCAUUUUUUUUAUUUUCAUCUAACGUAUUUUCGGCAUCUUGUGUGAAUAUUAUCCAACACGCAAACACGUACACCUGUAUAUAUAAUGUAUAGCUUGUGUUUAUGACGAAGACAUUAAGCACUGCUUCCUCUCUGUUCUUGUAUGUAGCUUGGGUGGAAAAAGAAAGAGACUCCACAAAAAAUGAAGAAAAAAAAGACCAAGGGAAGGAAUAACAGUCUGAAAUGUGGAGAUUGCUGUGUGUGUAAAUCAUGGUUGAUUUUUAUUUUUCCUUGUCUCCUAAAUUUCCUGCAAGAUUAUGAGCUGUGGGUUCUGUCAUUAUGGUAAAAGCGAAAACAAGAUGUCUUUUAAAAUGUCAAUAAAAUAUUUUCUAUUAUUUAGUAAAAGCAUGAAAAUUGUUCUCUUUCUGUCAGGAUCCUCUCUGUUGAAAUCUUUCAGUGAUCAAGUUUAUUCCGUUUACUUUUGGUGUUGUUUAAAGUAGCUAUUUAUUGGAAUAGCUAAAGUGUUAUUAAAUCAUUAUACCACUUACAUGGCAGAGUUUGAAAGGAACUUCUUGUGCAUGUGAAGUUGGUGUUUUAUUAUUUAGGAAUAAAAUAUUUUAAUAAUUUUA